AUGGUAUGGGAUGGAGGGAGUGCCUUCGACAAAGAGAUGUGCACAGGGGCAAGCUCCCAUGCACAGCGCUUGGGCAUGGAAGUUCUGGAUAACAUGAGCGUCGCAGAACAGGCCAUCAUGCCACAAAUGCGACAGCUUAAGGCUGCAGGUCCCGACUUGCUCAUAGCCUGUGGCAAUUUGCGCAGCGCCGAACAGAUUCUCGUUUCUGCCAGUACCUUGGGCUUCAUUCCGCACGGGAUCGCUCUCACUGCCGUGUCUACGAGGGAAGCGGUGCGCUCCAUCGGAGCCCAUCUCGCGAACUACGUGUUGAGUCCGCUGACCUGGGAACCUUCGGCUUCCCAGAGCUGCCCUGUCUUUGGUUCUGCACGGGAUUUCGCGGAUGCCUAUCGAUCAAAGUUCGGGGAGGAGCCACUGCCGGUCAGUGCUGCAGCCGCAGCAGGGGGCAUCGCUCUCUUGGCAGCCAUCAAGACUGCGAGCAGCCUGGAGCAAGCUGCGGUGCACGAGGCAUUGCUCGCGCAAGAGCAGCAGACCUGCUACGGACGACUGGCCUUCAGUAUGGAUGGUCUUAGACAGAAUCCCACAACACUGGUGCAACAGGUUCAGCCACUGGAUGAGGACCAGCCAAAAAUGGAUCGUUGGACCAGUUCGCAAAUUGUUACGGUCGGUGAGGAGCAGCCGCUGACUGGCUGGCCUUUGCCAACUUGGGCACAGAAGGAAAUCGACGUGUACCCGUGCAAUCCUGGACAAGCCGUGGUCCUGGACAUCGGCGGCAACGCCACGACCUGCGCGGAGUGCCCGGCGGGACGGUUCCGCACACCCCGAUCAGUGGAAUGUGAAGAUUGUCAGCCAGGAACGUACGGCAUGCAGCCGGGUAUGAGCCAGUGCGAUGUAUGCCCAUCUGGAGCUGCAUGUCCGGGCAAUUCCGAGGUGGUCGCCAAACCAGGCUUCUAUCAGCUUCCGGCAGCUUCCUUGGAGGGCGCUUUCGUGCCGUGCUACCCACCGCAGCUGUGCAUCGGAGAGAACCAGUGUGCAGAGGCUCACCACGGCAUCUUGUGCCAGAGCUGCGAGCUCGGAUUCUCGAAGCCUCUCUGGGGCCUGAAGCGCGACAAGUGCUCCAAGUGCCCAAGUCAACGAGUCACCAUUGGAAGCAUCGUGCUGACGAUCAGUGUCUACGUGCUGUACAUCUGGUUGAUUGUGAAGGGAACGAAGUCCGCAUCACAGUCGAUGAGAGCUUUGCCUUCGGUGAUCCUGAAGAUUGGUGUGAACUACAUGCAGUUUGCCGGCACCGCCUUUGAGGCCACGAACUUCAAAGGAAUGGUGUCGGCGGUCUGUGGGGAAGCCUCUGCCAGCUGGAUCUUCCCAGUUGUGGCUUUGCCCGAAAGGCUGCAGUAUCCGCUGACCACCUUGAUGAGCCUGGAUUGCAUACUGCCAGAGGAGAGCGACGUGCGACCUUAUCAGGUCGAAAUCCUAGUGGGCUUAUUCUUGAUGCCGGCAGCCUUCUUCAUCAUGACGAUCUUCGCGUUUAUCCGGAAGGACUGCAUUGGCCAACGACUUAUGCCAUGGCUCCGGCGACAGCGAGCACGCUACAAAGCGAGGAGGCAAAUGCGUGAGGCGGAGCUUGGGGUCAUCCAGGAAGCUGCACAUGAGGAGGAGGGUGGCGAGCCCAGCUGUCGAAUCUCUGUCCCGCUCUCUCCGUCCUCGGGCGCAUCGCCAACGCGUCGGGAUGCUCGCACGCCCACGUCACCGACCUCGCCAAAUUCUCUUAAACAGCCCCCAAUGGUUUCAUUGGCACCUCUCCGACCUCACCUGCUACGUGACGUCAAGCUAUUGCAGCAUGUCAUAGGCAUCUCUUCAGCGGAGGCGGCUGCGCUCUUCUCCAGAGUUUCAGACAUGGCAGCCUUUGCUUUGGCAAAGCUGUGUGCCGAGAUGAGAGCUGGGAAGAUUGGAGAGUCGGAUCUGGAGCUCUUUGGGUCGCCUGGGGCAGCGCUUGGCAUCCGGACUCUGCGGCACACGCUUCCUGGUCAAUUGCUGGGCUUCUACCCGGGAACCGUGAUGGAUGCGUCUGAGCCCAAUCUUCCGAAGAGCGACAAGCUGUUUGCAAAUGAGUACAAUGGAGUGUAUCUGGACGGCAAGGGCUGGUUGCCUGCACAUUGGCGUGACCAUCAUCUACUUCAAGGUGAGCCUCGAGCCAUUUGGCAUGGCAACCGGCUGGCUGUUGGGAAUCUUCUGAACCAUCCACCUGCGGGCAUCCUUCCGAACUGCAUGCCGAUGGCAUUUCGAUGGCCGACAUGGUCAGAGCUGGGUGAGGAGAGCCCCGCUCUUUGGGCACGGCUUCUUCCUCAUGUCUUCAUGCGGCACGGGCAAGUCGUGCAAACAGCCAGCGGACGAAAAGAUGACGAGGCUGCUGUGAAGUUCCCCGCUUGGCCCUACAUGGGCAUGGCCUUCAUCACUGUGCUAGAGGUUCGCCCGGGAGAGGAGCUCUUCUGGAACUAUCGGCUGCAUCCACGAGACGGCCAGGGUUCCCAGAAGUUCCCGACUUGGUAUUCGCCGGUGGACGAAGAAGCUCUGGAGUCGGCUGUUCUCGCCUGGAAAAAGAUGCGUGCGGCUUUUCGGGGCUCGGACAUGUCCUUUCGGCGAGGACUAUCCACUCACGCCGAUGCCGGGGCCUUGGAGUUUGAGAAGCCGUGGUGUUGCAAGGUAACUUACACAUUCAUGCCACCUAUGCUUGUGUCGCGGUCACCGGGCACCGGCUGCAGGUCUGCCUAUGGUACGGCUUCUCCAGCCUCCCCUUGGCGGCACUGCCGAACGGAGGAUGCAAUCUCGAUUCUUGAGAAUCUGGUCAUUCUUGCCUUCUUGCCACCAUGA